CCAUAACCUGCAUACCUCCGAGCAAUAUUCAUUCACACUAGUCUCGACGAGUCAUCACUACUCGACCACGUCCUUCUGCGUCAUCACCAUCACCACCACGGCCAUGCUCGCCCCCAGACCCACGUUCACCUCCCUCCUCACCCUCCUCACCCUCACCCACCCCUCCACCGCAGCUUUCUCCCUCUACCAGAUCGGCCUCGGCGCCAGCGGCAUCGGCGCCAACACGGAAGGCUUCCAAGUGUAUCCCGACGAAGCCAACUGCGACAACGCGCUCGACUGGCUGUGGCGCAAGAGCUCCGACGUCAGCGGCGGCAAGUACGGCGUGCGCUGCGAGGGAAGCGGGUGCUGGCGCGGCGAGACGGGCGAGAUCACUUCGGUCGAAUUCAAUUUCCUCGGGGAUUUUCAUUGGACUUGGUACGCGGAUCGCGAUAACGCGCUGAUUGAUCUCGAAGACAGGGUUGUAGGUAGUUGUGACGUUGUUAUAGGUCCACAUUUUGGUUGUGGCUUGGAUCCUAUUGGGCAGGUAGUUGGGGAGCGGAAGUUGAAGUGCGAGGUCGAUGUUACAGCAGAUCAGAUCAACGGCAAUAGGCCAACGUGAUUCUACGUAAAUGGACUAUGACAGGCUAAGCUCUCUUUGUGUAGACCUGUCUUAUUAGGCGCUUCUCUAAACGUUUCAGACGGGAUACAAACAUCUUACUUGUAGCCUUUUAACUUGAGCUUAACACUAUCUGAUAGUGUAAGUCCUAGUAGAGCCGUAGAGACC